GCGCAAGCUAGUGCGCGUAGAACUCUCGCGUUUGGAUGGCCGCAGUCAAAUCAGACAGGAGAUAGAGAUUCACUUUUAAACAGUCAUCGCUCCGAGGUACCGAAAACGCCAACAAUCGUGAGUCAUCGCGGGCGAAUGGUGCCCGUCUACGAAAGGCGUUUGAAAUCGGACACCGCUGGCGUUGAGGGCCUCAUUCCGCGCGCGGAGGGAUACCUUGUUGCGUCUGACAAUGUGGACGGAGGAGGUGAAGAUGUCUACGAGAAGAAUGGAAUCAUCUCCUCAGUUGUAACAGGGAAAAAAGGAGGAAGACGCCAGAUUAAGCGAGUAGAAUAGAUUUGUUUGCACACAGACUCGAGACACUGGAGGAAACACGUGGAGGCGGACACUUGCAGGGCGAGCUUUCCGGGACAAAGAGGGGGGCAAAAGACGUUCCACGGCGCUCCAAUGCGUCUGGUGCGCUGAGCUCGAAAUUCUCCUCAACUUUUAUGGUUUUCCCUAUCGCCGCUGCCCGCUUUUUCUUCGCCGCUUUUGGAUAGCCGACACCCGCGGAGGAGAGGGUUUGUUAGAGACGGAAGGUUAUGACCGAGCAGCAGCAAAGAAUGGCUGCAGUGGGAACUGACAAGGAACUCAGCGACCUCCUGGAUUUCAGUGCGAUGUUCGCGCCUCCCGUAGCGAACGGCAAGAACAGAACAAUGACCCUCGCCAGCAGCCAGUUCAGCGGCGCAGAUGAGCGCAGCAGCUCUGGUUCCUGGGGUUCGGCGGAACAGAGCAGUCCUUCUUUCAGCCAAGGACGGGGCUACGGAGAAGGAUCUCACUACAGUGAACAUGAAGGCUUGGCCUCUCCUUUCCUAAAUUCAGGGAUUGCAGGUAAAAAUGAGCGGCCGUCAUACUCCCCCUUUGCAAACCAGCCUGGUUUCCUUCCAAGUGAAAUUGCAAUGCCCAGCCCAGAUGCCAUGUCCCCCUCUGGCCUGAAAUCAGGCUCCCAAUUUUACCAAUCCUACCCAAACAAUCCACGGAGGAGGCCACCCGAUGGAGGCUUGGACUCUCAGCCAAAGAAGAUUCGGAAACCCCCUGGCCUUCCUUCCUCGGUGUAUGCGUCCACAUCUGGUGACGAAUAUGCUAGAGACAAUGGAGGUUAUCCUGGCGGUAAGCCCGGUACGGUCUACCCGGGCUCUUUCUACAUGCAAGAAGACCUUUGGUCAUCUACCGGCUACUCGGCCAUGCUGGGCAACUCCCCUCACAUUGGACCACCGGGCUCCUUUUCAUCACUGAACCCCCAAGACAGGAUGAAUUAUCCACUGCACGGCAGCGAAGUUAAUGGUUUCCACGCCGCCCCCACCACCUACAACCACACGCCUGCCAUCAAUGGGGAGGCCAUCAUGGCAGGCACCCGAGCCACAACGGCAGGCAGUUCUGGAGACGAAAUCGGAAAGGCUCUUGCCUCGAUUUAUCCGUCGGACCACAACAGUAAUAACUUCUCCUCAGCUCCGUCUACUCCAGGGUCUCCUCAAGCUAUUGCAGGGGCUCAGUCCCAGUGGCAAAGACCAACCACGCCCAGUUUUGAAGGGCAACCACAUGCACUGCAGAGUAAAAUGGAGGACCGUUUGGAGGAGGCCAUCCAUGUGCUCCGGAACCACGCUGUAGGCCAAGGGCCCGGCUUAGAUGGUGCCCACCCCGACAUGCACAGCCUUCUGUCAGCAGUACACAACGGGGGUCUUGGAUCCCUCUCUCCAGCUUUCCCAAAUGCCAGCCUUGCUCUCAGCAACAGACAUCCUGCUAUGGGAGGGAAACACGAGGAGCCCACUGGCCUUCCGCCUAGCAGCACGCUUCUGCACGGUCAUCACGCGUCCGGGUCCACGCCGUCAGUUGGCCAGCCAGAAGGCUUCAGUAGUCUUCCUGGUGGGAUCACGCGCUCCACACACUCCUCCAGCAGCUCGGACAUCAAAAGAGAAGAUAAGGAGGAUGAUGAAAAUUCGUCCACGGCAGACAAAUCCGACGAUGAAAAGAAAGAAUCCAAAGCAGCACGCAGUCGAACAAGAAAGGAGGCGUUGACCCUCCAGAUGCUCUCUAGCCUUUCAGACCCGAAAGAUGACGCCUUGAAUGCGCCAUCUCCUUCCAGUCAGGACAAUGAAGACGAUGAGGACCUCCCGCCCGAGGUGAAAAUGGAGCGUGAGCGAGAACGGCGAGUGGCCAACAACGCCCGCGAGCGCCUGCGAGUACGGGACAUCAACGAGGCAUUCAAGGAGCUCGGGAGGAUGUGCCAGCUGCAUCUCAGCCACGACAAACCUCAGACCAAACUUCUCAUCCUGCAUCAAGCCGUCAACGUUAUACUUAAUUUAGAACAACAAGUCAGAGAGCGUAACCUCAACCCCAAGGCGGCAUGUUUAAAGCGCCGUGAGGAGGAAAAGGUGUCCGGGGUGGUGGGUGAUGCACCCAUGCAGCUCUCAGGAGGCCACCCAAAUAUUGGAGGAGAUGGCCACAAUCCAGUUGGUCACAUGUAACACCAGAUGUGGCGGUGUUUCCUUGGCUCUCGGAGGAUGUGGCCUUAACAGAUUUCUUCCACCCAUUAACUCUCUGCGCGUGUGCGUGUGCAUAUGUGGACAUGUCUGUCUAUUGUCCAUUCAAGUUUCAAGACACACACACACAUUCAUGCAAACUGCCAAAAUGGACACAGCCUGUUUGUCGCACUCCCAACCAUGACUACAAGCUCAAAUGUGAAGAACGUUUUUAUAUAUAUAUCUAUAUAUAUAUAGAUAUACAUAUAGAUAUAUAUAGAUAUACAUAUAUCUAUAUGUAUCUAUCUAUAUAUAUAUUGAUAUGUAUCUAUAUAUCUAUAUAUCUGUACAGAAAACUUUUUGGUUUCCAUGAUACAAUUUGAACACCAGAAUUUUUUUUUUCUUGUCCUGCCACAAUUUAGGACUUUUGACACACUGCCGAGAGCUAUUCUGGUGAACAAGAGAAGGGAAGAAGAAAAAAAAAAUUGAAUCAUGGAUUUGUGCCUCAAUGUUACACCAUGUUUUCUAUUUGCCAUUUAAGCAAAUUGCUUUACAUGUGAGGAACAUUUAUUGUGAGGGAUUGCUUAUGUGUAUGAGCAAUUAUUUUUUAAUGUAUGUCAUUCCCAGUGUGAUGGUACAGUCUUACAUAUGUUAUGUAACCCAGCCCAUAGUUGAAUUGCCUAAAUUCAGUGACUUUUUUUUUUUCUUUUAUCAACAAUUGUUUGAGGAGGCCAUAAAGUGCAAGUUGGCCAUUUCUGGACAGUUCAAGUGCAGGGUUCUUCAGCAAGGACCGUUCAUAUCCCACAAGGCAUCUGGACACACUGGAUUUGAGGACUCUUAAUUCCAGGAAGCAUAUGAAUUGUCACCACUCAGCAGUUCUUCCUCAUCUUUCUCCUUUUUUGGACAGCAAAUUCAAAUGCUAAAGAGGUUGUCGUGACUUCAGGUGUCUCUACUGCUUUGCAACUAAAGCGCACACACAAACAAGACAAAGCACAGUUGUGUAAAGCGUCCAGUUGGGUGGAAAAACAAAAGAAGCCAUUUUAGGGCGCUCAUGGAGAGGCAGGCGCUUCUUUGAAAUGGCUCACCGACAAUGCCAGCAUACUUGAGGGCUAUGGUUUAUUUGCCCCCCCACCCCCACCCGGUUUGAUACUCUGGAAAAAAGCAAGAAGUCCUUUUUUCUUUUCUUUCUUUUUUUUUUUUAAUGGAGAGAACUUUUGGUCAGACAUUUUGGGCGCCAUGGAGGCUUUUUCCAGAAACGAGCAUUCCCACUGCAUUAGCGCCCCCUCGCCCUCUUCCUCUCCGAGCGAGCGAAGUGUGACGUGUACAUUAACUCCGUGCGUUGCUCUUUGAUGCGUUUCAUUUUUCAAAAAGUUAAAUAUAUAUAAAAAUAUAUAUUUUUUGUUAGUCUAUACAUUGUAGAUUUUUUUACAUAAAUGGCAAUAUUAGUUUGAAGUUUAGAGUGUAUUGUAGAUGAACUUUACGAGGGGAUGUUGGUUACACACGUUGAAGCAGGGCGUCAGAGGAAAGGCAGUUGAAGGUUUUAAUUCCUGCUUGAGUUGAAGAAGGCUACUUGGAUGAAUUCUUUCUUUACCGAUUUUGGGGGGCACUGAGGAUAAAUGUGGAGUCGUUUUGGGUGAACAGCAAUUAUGCAACUGUUUCUUUGAAUGUAGCCACCAUACUUAAUGUGGAUCACCUUCAUGUGUUGAUGAAUUUUGUUUUUCAUUUCACCCUUCCCCACUGCAACACACUUCUGUUGGAGGCUAAUGUCGGCCAUUUUGGGGCGAGGUGAUGGCUUAACAGAGAACAAAUCAGUGUUAUUGUGACGCUAUUCCCAUGUCAUGUCAUGUUAAUGUUUCCUACCGACAAAUGGCAGGUAGAGCGUUUUGUGUUAGUUUUUCGAUUUUUUUUUGUGUACAUGAUGAAGAAAAAGACCUAUACAAAUCAACAGUGUGGCCUUUUCAUCCUCAAGACUUAACGAUGUCAUAAAGGGAGAGUGAUACCUUAUCAGUGCCUGAACUUGUAUUUUUCAUUUACGUUUGUCAACCAUAUCAUUUCAUUUAUUAUGGAGAUUAAAGAGGUACUUGUUCAUUCCCCACCCUCCCUUCUCCUAAAUGCUUUUUUCAAUUUUUCAGGAAGAAGUUUAAAGUCAUAUAAAAUAUUUUUUUCUUUCACUGUGUCUAGUUAAAAUAAAAUAAAUGUUACAUAGAUCUUGUUUUAUUAUUGUUGUUUUCUAACUGGAGUCCAUUUGUCCAAACUGCUGUUUUAUGGGUCCAAAGUUUUUCUGAACUGAUGUUAACUUUUGACACACACAAGCAUGCUUUUCAACAUAGGGCGUUUUUUUUAAGUAGCUAUUUAGAAGCUUACAUGCUUUUUCUGUAUCAUUGUGCACAUCACUGCACUGACUGCAUAAUCACUGCCGUUUUAACCUCUUUGUUGAACUUUCUGUGGGGGAGGAGGGGACGAUCAUCUUGGAAUUAUUUUAAGAUCAACAGGCUAAUUUACAUUUGAUGUUUCAAGAUAAAAAUCUUACAAGAAGACCGUAGGAAAAUGGCAACGCUGCCUCCAAUUGACUGGAUAAGGUCAUGCUUGGACUACGUUUAGUAUAAGCCGUUACUUAGUUUCAUUUAUUUGCCUUACUUUUGAGUUUUAUUAAAAGACACAUGAGACA